ACACAAUUAGCGGAAACAGUUGCGGGAGGACAUGUUGACGACGGCAGUCACGCCAUGCCAUGUAUUGACUAACCUUGUAAAUGGUGUAAAAGUAGACCUGUAAUUCGUGACUCAAGCGAAAGAAUAACAAUACGAUGUCAACGGACGAUUUUCAAAACAAGUUCACCUCCUUUAUGGAGAGUGUAGUGAAGAGCACAGUCGUAGAAACGACCAAACUUUUUGAAACUUUGGUUGAAGAAUUAAAGGCUGAAUUGUCAGAGGUCAAGACGGAGAACGAAGCUCUCAAAAUAACAUGCAGACAAAUACAGGAUGCGAAAACCCUGGCGAUCAGUGAGUCCAUCCAAAGUGGCCGUCUGAAGAUGCACGAUACAGCCGUUCAAUGUGACCUUCCUCGCUGUCCUUUGCUGGAAGUGCAAAGCAUGGAAUUACAAAACAAACAAAGUGAUGAAGAGUACUCGGUGUGCACCUCACUGAAGGACCACGACUAUGAGAGUACAAAGGAUGUGCAUUCAAAGCCGACGGUAUUAAUAGAUGAGUCUACGCAUGUCCAGUAUGUGUCUGAAGGGACCAGUACUGAUGGCAGCAGAAAGUCACCGACAAAAUCCAUUGUCGCCCAUCUCCGGUGUGACCUCAAAAUGCGAUCUCAAGCUGAAAAAACCAAAACAACUCCGGAAACAUUAAACAAACAGAAUAUGAGCUCCAAGAAACCUACAUUGGAGAAAGGCACUGCUACUGAACCAGAGACUGCUAUUGAACGAAUUCCAAUAAGCUCCGAAAAGCCCUUUAUAGCUGAAGAUUGUGCAAGUAAAAUGUUUGAAUCGCCUCUACACCCAAGGUCAAAAUCCACCACAGGUGCAACUGACAUGACAGAGACAAAAUUAUCCCCGCUGAGCGAUUGUACGGUCAACCCGUGUAUCAAUAAUGCUGCCUCUGAAAAGUUAGGAGAUUGUAACCAGACUCUUGGGUCAGGUUCAACUCAAGAAAAACAAACGCAAACGCUGCCGCCUGCUGUGAUCACCAAAAAGCCGAAUGCCAUUAAACUGGAAGAUAGCCCAAACAAAUCAAAAGCCACUACUUUGUGUCUCAGGUCCAGUACAACAAAAGAUACCACCGCCACUCUAAAGACUAAAUUCCCACCUGAGAGUGCAACUACAAGUGAUGCUAAAGGAAGCACCGCUAAGAAAUCUAGACUAAAUCAAACUGCGACUGUUCCAGAACAUGAUGUAAAGUUACAAAAUGCAAAGAAAUUAGCCAAAGUGGCAAAGGCUAAGACUGUAGACAAAAGUAAGCAAACAAAAUUGAAGAAACUUAAUCCAGCAGUGAACGAUUAUACCACCGAUGAAACGGCAACCAAAUGUCCUUCUCAACUCAUGUGGACUCGAGCUAGAGAAGCAGCCUUAUUAAGAGAAACGAGGUCGUCACUUUUCCAGAGACGGACAAGCAUCCCAAGAUCUCCGGACCAUUCUGCAGUCUCUCCCCAAAGUCUUUCUCACCACCUGACACAUGUGAAAGCCUCACCUAUUGUAUCCCCACCGCAGCUUCUAACGGUCCCGGGUGAGCAGCUGCUCAAAAACCAGUGCGGGGUAUGCGGUCGCGUUCUUAGUAGCAGUGCUGCUCUCGAGAGCCACGUCAGUCUCCACACCGGUCACAGACCGUUCUCUUGUACACUCUGCGGAAAGAGCUUCCCUGACUCCAAGGGUCUAAAACGACAUGGCAGAGUGCAUGGCAAUGGGAGGAUCCACAUCUGCCAGGAAUGUGGGAAGGGUUUUGUCUACGGUUUUGGCCUCACGAAACAUGUCCAGAUGGUGCAUGGCAAAAUUAAGCCGUUCGUCUGUCAGCUCUGCAACAAGGCAUUCUUCACAAAGCGAGAUGUGGAGACCCACAUACGGAUCCAUACGGGGGAGAAGCCAUUCCACUGCCAUCUAUGUGAAAAAAAGUUUGUCAGGAGAGUUGAACUCAAUGUGCAUCUGCGGUGGCACAACGGGGAGAAAAGACACUGGUGCCCAUAUUGUGGGAAAGGAUUUUUAGACUACAACAACCUGAAAAGACACAAGUAUAUCCAUACAGGAGAGAAACCACAUUCUUGCCCACAUUGCCCCAAACAUUUUACGCAGUCUGGACACCUAAAAAAGCAUGUUAAAAAUGUACAUAAAGUCAAAUGAAAGAGAGCCGGCAAGUUGCUUUUUUGAAAUCUCAAGUUUUUAUUGUAACAUUUGACGUGUAAAAUAUUUUUUUUUAAGUCUUGUGUUUUAAUAUACUUUUAAGUAACUUGAUCUUGUUUGUACUUGCACAUUCUGAUGUUAAUAUACUUGUUUUUGGGCCCAUUUGUAUAGUAUCUACCCGUAUAUGCAACUAGAUGAAUUACGCAUUGCAUCUAGUUCCUUGUUGACAUUUUAGUGUCUGAAGCCUUCUGCUUGUAAAAGGUUGCAUUAAAAACUUUUCCCCUGA